UCUUGGUCCUCGUAAACUUUUCCACUUUCCUUGAUGCUGGUUUCCCACAUCUGAAUUUACUUCACAGUCUUUAUUCAUUCUUCAAACCCCAACGUAUUUUUCCUAAGAGUAUCUGUCCUUCCUCUAGACAGGCAACCCAUCUCUUUUAUACCACUACAACCGUACAUACUACUACCCAUACAUACAUACAACAUACAUACACACAACCCAUACAUACUAGUGUGAGGACAGGAUUUACUUGUUUGCAUGUCUGGUUCAGGGUCACGUUUCUUCGGGGUGCUAUCUGGCAUAGCACUUUAUACACUGGUAAGUGGACUGAGAUAGGAUUCCUAAACUUGGUAGCCGAGUGACAUUGGACAAGUCACCUCUCCAUACUGUAUGUUCCCACAACUGUAAAUUGGUGCUAAUGAGAUCCUCUAAACAGAAUUUUGCAAAGACAAAAUAGCAAGAACUCUUGUGAGACCCCCCCAGCAUAUACGGGUAUUUAAGGUGGACCUUAUAGCUUAAUAGUGCCCCUCUAAAAGCAGAAGUAAGGAAGAGAACUAUUAUGCUUUAUGUUAACUAGGUGCUGCUGGCCUUGUUUUCCUAGUAUGAGUCCUGUUGUGGUUUAGGGACAUGUUAGACAUUGCCCCAAAUAGUUAGGGAUUUGGGGGCAAAUGCAGUGCGACGUCGCCCCCUGUCGCUCACUGGUGGUAGUUUGAGGGCAAAGUUAGGCAUCUUCUCCAAACCACUGCUCAGGUGUUCUGGACUUUGCUUUUCCCAACUAUCCCUGCUGGUUCCUCCCUCUCCGGGCUGUCAGCACACCCUGUCUGCAGAAGCCCCGCCCACCUCACGCAAACCGGAGGCGGUGUCUGUGGCGUUUGGCCGCCGUCACUUCCAGUGGACCCGGAAGCGCUGCUGUGGGCAGCCGGGAGUUGUUAGGAAAUCGUGAUGGAUCCGAGCUUAGUGUAAACCCUGGGCCGGUCCUGGGCCCAGGGGAGCGGGCCUGGGUUGCAGUGGCCAGCGGAGCGGUUAUGGCGGCGCGGCCUCGGGGCCAGUUUCGGAGAGCCGUGGCUGAGCGCUUCUGCUAGACCAGCGUUGAUUGCCCAGCCUCCAGGUUGGAACCGGCUUCCACCUUCGGCCUGGCUCCACAGCGCUUUUACCUGGCCGCCGGGGCCCCUCAACCCGCCCCCCCGCGCCCGGACAGCUGGGUGUGUGGUCUGCGGCCAGACGGUCCUCUCUGUUUCGCUUCUAGAUGUUUGUACGGCUCUGUCCAGGGCUGUCAGAACGCUGACGUGGAGCAACCCACUCCAGAACCCCCAUGGAGAAGUUUGGGAUGAAUUUCGGGGGUGGCCCAAGCAAAAAGGACCUGCUGGAGACCAUAGAGACACAGAAAAAGCAGCUUCUCCAGUACCAGGCAAGGCUUAAGGAUGUGGUCCGCGCCUAUAAAAGUCUGCUGAAAGAGAAAGAGGCCCUGGAGGCCAGCAUCAAAGUACUGUCGGUAUCCCACGAGGCGGAUGUAGGCCUUGCAGGUGUGCAGCCUCCAGGUCUCACGUUACCUGAUUCUGUGGAUGAUCGGUGCUCCACGCACAGUGAGGAUAGCACCGGAACCGCCACUAGCUUGGAUACUGCGGCCAGUCUUACAAGUACUAAGGGUGAGUUUGGGGUCGAAGAGGACAGAAUGGCCCGUGGACCUCUUCCUCCAAAGUCUGAAGAGGCCAGUGGGUCAGAGAGUGGUGUCAGUAGUAGCAGUGGGGAUGGGCCAUCCGCAAGUAGUGAGACGGACAAAAAACUACAUCAGCUGAAGACCCAAUUGGCUACUUUGACUAGCUCCUUGGCUACAGUCACCCAGGAGAAGUCCCGUAUGGAGGCAUCUUACCUGGCCGACAAGAAGAAGAUGAAACAGGACUUAGAGGACGCCAAUAAAAAGGCAGAGGAAGAGAGGGACCGCCUGGAGGGAGAGUUGAAGGGGCUGCAGGAGCAGGUAGCAGAAACCAAAGCCCGCCUGAUCACACAGCAGCACGAUCGUGCCCAGGAGCAGAGUGACCAUGCCGUGAUGCUGCGGGAGCUACAGAAGCUGUUGCAGGAGGAAAGGACCCAGCGGCAGGACCUGGAACUUCGCUUAGAAGAGACCAGAGAAUCACUGGCAGGGCGGGCAUAUGCAGCUGAUCAGAUCGAAGGGUUUGAGCUGCAGACCAAGCAGCUGACCCGGGAGGUCGAGGAGCUGAAAGGUGAGCUGCAAGCUAUUCGAGAUGAGAAGAAUCGACCAGACCCCCGGCUGCAAGAGCUUCAGCAAGAGGCUGUGCGGCUUAAAAGCCAUUUCCAGGCACAAUUGCAGCAGGAAAUGAGGAAGACAGCCCUUGCAGAGGACCAGCUCCGCCAGCAGUGUCAGUUAGAAGAGCAAAGGGUAGCAGCCCUGGAGAACCAAAUCUCCGAGGUGUCUGAACUGCUGGGCACCUACGAGAAAGCCAAGCAGAAGGACCAGCUGGCCAUCCAGAAGCUGAAGGAGCGGAUUCUGCAGCUGGACCUGGAGAACAAAACCCUGGCCCUGGCGGCCUCUAGCCGGCCCCCUCUCGACAGCCACGGGGAUGAAUCCAGUAUGGAUGUCAAUGUCCUGAAGGAUAAGAUGGAGAAGCUCAAGAGGCUACUGCAGGUUGCAGCUAGGAAGAGCCAGGUGGCCCUGGAUGUGGAGAAGCUCUGUGACCCUGAGAUAACGCCCAGCUCUGAGGCUGCCGACGGGGAAAAGGCUACCGCACUCUACUACCAACAGGAGCUGAAGCAGCUGAAGGAAGAGUUUGAGCGGUACAAGAUGCGAGCCCAGGUCGUGCUCAAGAGCAAGAAUACCAAAGACGGGAACCUGGCCAAGGAGCUGGAGGCCGCCCAGGAGCAGUUGGCUGAACUGAAGGAGAAGUAUAUCUCCCUGCGGCUGUCCUGUGAGGAACUCGAAAGCCAGCACCAGCAGGAGGCCGAGGACUGGAAGCAGGAGCUGGCCCGGCUGCAGCAGCUCCAUCGGCAGGAGCUGGAACAUAGCCAGCUGGACUUCAGGGACCGCACGCUGAAACUGGAGGAGGAGCUGCAUAAGCAACGGGACCGGGCUCUGGCGGUGCUUGCUGAGAAGGACCUGGAGCUGGAGCAACUGCGUUCCGUGGCCUUGUCCUCCGGGUUGCCGGGACGCAGAAGCCCUGUGGGUGGACUGGGUGGUGGAGGGCUUGGGGACCCGGCUGACACAGCUUCCUCAGAAAGCCUGACUCAAGCCCUGCAGCUCGCUGCAGCCAAUGAGCCCACUUUCUUCCUUUACGCUGAGCAGUUGGCCCGGAAGGAAGUGGAGAUCACGUCACUGAGGAAGCAGAAACACAGGCUGGAGGUCGAGGCCCAUCAGCUGCAGGAAAGGCUGCUGGAGGAGGGCGAGCGGCACCGAGAGGAGGUCGGAGCCCUCCAGAGCCACAUCGAAAAGAACGCCAGGGACCAGAGCAGGGAAGGAGCCAACCUGGAGUAUCUCAAAAACAUCAUCUACCGCUUCCUGACCUUGCCAGACAGCCUUGGCCGCCAGCAGACGCUCACGGCCAUCCUGACUAUCUUACACUUCAGCCCCGAGGAGAAGCAAGUGAUAAAGCAACUCCCAAGUGGUGGCAGCUGGUGGCCUUCUGGCAAGAGAUGAUAUACCUUCUCCAGCCUGAAUCGCUGUGCCUCUUUCAUGCGGGAAGGGCAGGCUAAGAUUUCCCCUGCCUCUUCUCGCAUUCUCGUUUAUUUCUUCACUGUGUUGAACUCAGAACGGUUCAAAGUAGGACGGGAUUUUCUGCCAAGUGCCAUUAAUGCAACUUUGUCCUUGGGCUUGGGGUACUGCAGGUGUUGAGCAGUACUUCCGGCUGUGUGCAUGUGGGGCAGGGUAGGGAGAGAGGCUGGGGCAGAGGUGCAAGCUAGGGAACCGGUGAGA